AUGGCCUACGUCGCCGUCGUCAAGGCGCUGUACGACUAUGCAGCCCAGGACCCAGAAGACGAGAUCUCGUUCAAGGAGGAUCAGGUCCUGUACAUUAUCGAGAAGGGUGACGACGAAUGGUGGAAGGCUAAGCUCAAGGAAGACGGAGCGGCGGGGAAGCGUCGAGCUAACAAGCAGAUCCCCGCGAUCAACUCGACCCGUGCCCUGUACGAAUAUGAGUCAACAUCCCCAGAGGAGCUGUCGAUGGCGGAGGACGACGUUUUGCAUGUGUUCGCCGAGGAGGACGAGUGGUUGCUCGUGCGGGUAGAGGGUGGGGACGAGCGAUUGGGCUUUGUCCCCAAGAACUACUGCGAGCCCCUGGAAGCAGCGAAUGAGGUGGAAGUAGAGGGCGCUUCCGCAUCGGCUGCAGAGGUCGAGGCGCAACGUGCAGCCGAGGAGGAGCGUGCGGCUGCCGCCGAGCACCAGCGCGAGCUCAAACGUCAGGAUAAGCUGGAGAUGUGGUCGAUCUCGGAGGUCGAGGGCAGCCUGAAGAAGAAGGGUACUCUGAGUGUCGGUAACGGCGCAAUCUUCUUCGCGUCAGAGAUGGACAAGUUCCCGAUCGAGGAUCUCACCUAUGUUGAGCGAACGUCGUCGAAGGUCAUCAACCUCACCAUCGCUACUCUCGGUCAACCCCUCGUCUUCAACACUGGUUCGCCGUCGACCGCCGAGGAGAUUAUUGCCAAGCUCAGGCAGAGCAAGGAGGCCACGGGCGAGGCUCUCCAGGUGUCCUCCAAUGCCGGCAGCGGGGUCACGUCGGAAGAGGACGACAAUGUGUCUCCUCCCGCCGAGGCCAAGUCGGUGCGAUGGGCUGAGGAUGCUGCAGUCCCUGCGGCCACUGCACCGGCCGGUGAGGAAGUCUGCGUGGUCCUUUACGACUUCGAGGCCGGUGGCGACGAUGAGCUUACUGUGUCUGAGGGCGAGAAUCUCACCAUUGUUGAGAAGGAGAACGAUGAGUGGUGGCUCGUCCGCAACUCGCGCGGCCAGGAGGGAGUCGUGCCUGCUCAGUACGUCGAAAUCGCAGAGGGUGGUGCCGCUGCCGGCGGCCCUGCUCAGAACGGACAUGCGGAGGCUGCCGCCGCUGCGGCAGCGGCCGAGGCUGCCCAGCGCGAGGAACAGGCCCGUAAGGCAGAGGAGCAGCGUCGUGCUAUCGAAGCGGCGGCUCGCGACCGAGAGGCCCAGGAGGCUGCCGACCGAGCAAUUGCCGAGCAGGUUGAGCGGGAGGAGCGUGCCAAGCGUGAGCGCGCUCUCCAGGCUCAUCAGGACGAAGAGCGUCGCGUGCGCGAGAUGGAGGCUGCUAAGCGACGCGAGGCUGCCCGACGCAUGGAGCCGCCCAAGGUCAGCAAGCGACCUUCAGCCCAAGACGUUGAGGUCGCUGCACGCAACCUUCCCAGUGGCAAGAACAAGGGUGCCCCGGAGCGUCCUCCCAGCGAGAACAACCGCCCGAAGCCGAAUCCCGCGCGAACCCGCGUGUGGAGCGAUCGAACGGGCCAGUUCAAGGUGGAAGCCGAGUUCCUUGGCAUGAACGGCAACAAGCUCCGCCUGCACAAGAUGAACGGUGUUAUCAUCGAGGUUCCGAUCGAGAAGAUGUCGCACGAGGACGCUGCGAUGAUCAGGAAGCACUUGGCUCGUCGGGAAAAGCACCGCUCCUCUGCGCCAGUUGACGACGAUGACAUUCCACUCGCCAAGACCCAGCCUCGCCGACCGUCCCAGCAGGUCAGCUAUGAGUCGCAUCAGCGAAGGGAGCGUUCGCAGCGUCCGCCCAAGCAGCACUUUGACUGGUUUGCGUUCUUCCUUGACGCCGGCUGUGACGUCGACGACUGCACGCGCUACGCAUCGAACUUUGACCGUGACCGCAUCGAUGAGUCGAUUCUUGGCGACCUGGACGCUCCGACCAUGCGUUCGCUCGGUCUCCGCGAGGGUGACGUGAUCCGUGUCCGCAAGGCGAUCCAAGCCAAGUACGGCAAGAAGACGCCCGAACAACAGAGCCAGAUUGACCAGGACGAGGAGUAUGCUCGCAAGCUCCAGGAGCAGGAGAAUGCCGGCAAGGCACCUGCGCCGCCUGCGCCUGGUUUGUUCACCGGCCCCGACGGCAAGCUCGCCAACAACACCCGCCGCGGACGGCCGGAGCGCAAGAACACUGUUGGAGCCGAUUCGGUUGAUGGCGCCGCCCUCACUGCGGCUACCGAGCAGCUGUCCAAGACCUCAAUCUCACCUGCUCCCGCCGAGCCCGUACGCAAGCCGUCACCGCCACCGGCGGCUCCGACGCCCCCUCCUCCGGCGCCUCCCGAGAAGGAGGUUGAUCUGCUCAAGAAGGAGCCGCCCAAGCCCAAGUUCAGCUUUGACGACGACGCGUGGACAAUCAAGCCUGCUGCCAAGCCGGCGUCGCCUGCCCCUCCUCCCGUUUCUACACCAUCGCCUGCGCCUGCCGCCGCCAAAGCGAACAGCACCGAUGCUCUGCUCGCGCAGAUCCAGUCGAUGCGCCCCGCCGCCACCGGACCUCCUCCGGGCGGCAGCGAGAUGGCCGAGGCAGCGCAGGCCGGUGUCGCCGGUCGUGCCGACCUUCAGCGCCAGGCGAGCAACAUGCCCCCUCCUUCCGCCUACGGUCUUGGCGCUGGCAACAACACGACACCGAUGAGCCAGCUCCAGCAGCAGCAGCAGCAACAGCAGCUGCAGCCGCAGAUGACGGCGAUGAACGGUCCUCGCGGCCCGCUUGCGCCGGUCGCUUCGAACGAGGCGCUGCUCAACCCGCUCCAGCCGGCGCGGACGGGCUUCGUGCCGACGCACCAGACGGCGAACAACAUGAUGCCGCAGCAGACCGGAUAUAUGUCUCCGAUGUCGCCUGGCAUGUCUCCCGGCAUGUCCCCGGGCGGCUACGGACAGCAGCCGAUGCAGCCCGCGUAUACGGGCUUCCCCGGCUUCCAGCAGCAACCUCAGCAGAACUCGUCCUUCAACGCUGUCGCGAACAUGCAGGCGCCGCCGCCGAGCAUGCCCCAGCAGCAGCAGCAGUCCUCUGGGUCGGGUGACCAAUUCGCGCCGUCCAACAUCUUCUCGGCGAUGAAGCGGACCGACUUCAGCAAGAACGAGAACGAGAACCCCCAGCCGUCGAACAAGUACGAUGCGCUGCGGCCGCUCACGACGGGCUACAACGGGAGCAUGCAGCAGCCCAUGCAGACGGGCAUGAUGAUGCAGCCCACGGGUAUGAUGGGCGGCAACAUGGGCAUGGGCAUGGGCAUGCAGCAGACGGGCAUGAUGGGGAUGGGCCCGCAGAUGACGGGCUACAACCCAUACAUGCAGCAGCAGCAGAACCCGUUCGGACCUUCCCUAAUCCUCGAAAUCCACAGCGGCCACGAGCCACACACUCCCAUCCACAUCGUCAACCCACCCCAUGCCCUCGCGCAUGACACAGUCGCCCAGCGCCGUCUCGGCCCUAACUCUACUCCACCCCGUCUUGCUCUGUAUACCGCCGGCCGUGAGCUGUCCACCCGUCUCGGACGCAAGGACGAGGAGCAUGCUCUGGUCCGUAUCGAGCUCGCGGGGAACGGUACGGACGUAGGUCACGCCGCCGGCCUCGCUCACGCGAUACCCGGCAUGAAGGGGUUCGAGGGUGUCGAUGGCUUUCCUCACAUCUUCCUCCGUAAUCUCCUCUUUGCUCGAGCCCGUAUCGCGCAUUCGCCUCACGCGCUGCGUGAGCUCGCCCAGCUCGAUCACGCCCCCGUUCCUUUCCCUAGUCGACACGCAGACGUCGACAACUUGCAACGCCAAGGCACACGUCCAUUCCCGCAACCCCAGACUGUCGGCGAACCAGGACGGUUUCGCCGACCCGCUGGCUGCCAGCGGGUGCAGCACACAUGCGCUGGAACUGGUGUCUAA